AUGUAAAGCUGCUAUAAUAAAAUUGGUGAUGAAGGUGCAUCAGGCUUAGGUUCUGGUUUAGCAAAGUGCAUUAAUCUCUCAAAUUUGACACUUAUCAUUUAUGGUAAUGAAAUUGGUGCUAAAGGUGCAUCAGGCCUAGGUUCUGGUUUAGCAAAGUGCAUUAAUCUCUCAAAUUUGAUACUUAACAUUUAUUAAAAUUAAAUUGGUGAUGAAGGUGCAUCAGGCUUAGGUUCUGGUUUAGCAAAGUGCAUUAAUCUCUCAAAUUUGACACUUAAUAUUUGCUAUAAUAAAAUUGGUGAUGAAGGUGCAUCAGGCUUAGGUUCUGGUUUAGCAAAGUGCAUUAAUCUCUCAAAUUUGACACUAGAUCUUGAUGGUAAUGAAAUUGGUGCUAAAGGUGCAUCAGGCCUAGGUUCUGGUUUAGCAAAGUGCAUUAAUCUCUCAAAUUUGAUACUUAACACUUAUGGUAAUGAAAUUGGUGCUAAAGGUGCAUCAGGCCUAGGUUCUGGUUUAGCAAAGUGCAUUAAUCUCUCAAAUUUGAUACUUAACAUUUACUAUAAUAAAAUUGGUGAUGAAGGUGCAUCAGGCUUAGGUUCUGGUUUAGCAAAGUGCAUUAAUCUCUCAAAUUUGACACUAGAUCUUGAAUAAAAUUAAAUUGGUGAUGAAGGUGCAUCAGGCUUAGGUUCUGGUUUAGCAAAGUGCAUUAAUCUCUCAAAUUUGACACUUAACAUUUAAUAAAAUUAAAUUGGUGAUGAAGGUGCAUCAGGCUUAGGUUCAGGUUUAACAAAGUGCAUUAAUCUCUCAAAUUUGAGACUUUAUCUUGAAUAAAAUUAAAUUGGUGAUGAAGGUGCAUCAGGCUUAGGUUCUGGUUUAGCAAAGUGCAUUAAUCUCUCAAAUUUGACACUAUAACUUGGUUUGAAUAAAAUUGGUGAUGAAGGUGCAUCAGGCUUAGGUUCUGGUUUAGCAAAGUGCAUUAAUCUCUCAAAUUUGACACUAUAACUUAGGUAAAAUCAGUUUAUUUGUUUUGGAUUGUGA